AUCAGCGGAAAAGCUGGUGGAGAGAUGUCGAUGGGAAGCGACUCGACAUGGGUGGGGAAGAAACCGAUCCGACGCAUCGGCGGAUUAUCCGAUGCUCUCUCCAUCGCCUCCGAUCUCGGUUACGCCGUCCCUCCUCCUCCCUCUCAUCAGGAAGAGUUACAAAGCUUGGCGGUGUCUUCAAAUGGUGAAAAGGGUGGUGAUGAUUUGAUUAGGGUUUUGAGGGAGUUGUCUUCUGUUCAGAGGAAAAUUGCUGAUUUGCAGGUCGAGCUUCAAGGGAGGAAGGAUGAUAAGAAUGUGGCACAUUUGACUCAUGUGAGUGAAAUGCAAAAGAAAAUCGAGACUCUGUCAAGGAUUACUCAAAUUUUGAAAGAUGUUAUACAAAACAAGGAUCGCAUCAUUGCUCGUCUCCAACAACCUUAUUCACUAGAUUGCAUUCCUGUUGAAGCAGAGUAUCAGAAACAAUUUUCAGAGUUGCUAAUGAGAGCCGCCAGUGAUUAUGGCGCCUUAACAGCAUCAGUGUCUGAUUUUCAGUGGAGCCAAAACUUUAAAGAACCUCCUUCAGUCUGGGGGGAAAUGCUGCGUCCAAUACCGGUGGCAUUAGCGUCAUGCACGAGAUUCUUUGAGGCCAUGUCUGCGAUGAGAGAAUCAUUUGCGACUCUUCAAGACCUUAGAGUUGGUAACUCUGCAGCUUCUUUACCAACAACCCCAGGAGGUGACGAAUUGUCACAUAGAGACUCAGAUUGUUUGACUCCACCUCAGGGGGUUACAGGUUCAAGUUUCGACGAAUUAGCUGUUCAGACCACAAGAAGACAAAUACAUGAUUAGAAUGAAGAAGAUAAUGACAGUGGAAAUGAUCAAGCUGACCGGAGACUAUCUUGGCCUCCAUCAGUUAAGAAGAGUAGCGUUUAAUUGGAAGAUGUCGCCUUUGCGUGAAGCUUUUAAUAUCAACAUUUCUUAAUGUGUAACUCACAACUAUUAUUAUUAGAUGAAGAUGUUUUCCUCUCUAACUGUUAAUAUGAAAAAAUGGUUUACAUAGCUAACAUGGAUUUCUUGC